AUGAAAGGGCCCCCACGUUCGGCGAUCACGCUGGCACAGAAGCGGGCGUUGCGCCGCCAGGCUCACGAAGACUCCUCCAUAUCGAACAAGGGUCUCCAAACCUGGUUCCAGAAGAUUUUCGGGCAGUUCAUCGCUCCCUCCUCGGUCUCCGAGAUUCUGUCCUUCCGGUAUGACUACCUCGACGAGCAGCCUUGUCAUUCGCAGGUGAAGAGAAAGAAAAACCGGCGCGAACAGUGGCCCGAGCUGGAAGAACAGCUGGCUUGUUGGACGAUGUGGAUGAUCCAGCAGCAGCGGCAGAAGGACGGAAAAGAGGGCGUGAGGGGCAUAUCGACCAAGACACCUACCAGCACGAUCCCUGGCCGCCUGAUCCGAGAGAAGGCGCAGUCACUGUGGCGAUGUAUCCCCGCAUAUCGGGGGAAAGAGGUACCGUCGUUCAGCAACUGCUGGAUUCUGCGGUUCCGGGAGCGGUGUCAGGAGAAAUCAUGGAUUCAAACACAGCUCGGUGAGACAGGAACAGCCAGCGAGAAGAAGGAAGAGGACGAGAAUCAACACAGAUAUCCAUUACCUUUUGACGACAUUCGGGCUUUCGACGGGGAGUCCGAAGAGGAAGGCAGUAGAUUACAGGACAGCCCUUCGCUCGACUGCGAAGUUACAUCAGGGACGGAAGGGUGGGAGUUUGAUGACAUUACUAAUUCUGAUUGGGACGGGUUUUGCGACCCGUGGCCAUCUUCAAGUAUUACUGCUUGA